AUGAAGCUUAGUGCUGCCUUUGGCUUUCUAACGGACUUUCGGUAUGCACUGCAGGCCUCCCUGCCCGGUACACUCAAAGCAGUAAUAUCCUCGCCUUCCCUGCUCCUGAAGCCAGCGCUCGUGUCGCGUAUUGUCAUGUCCUAUGUCUGGGGGCUGUUUGCUAACGGAAUCGACGGGAACAGUCGUGAAAUCAAGAUUGGAUUGAUAACCCAGGAUGCUCAUGGAUUAGUGCUGGAUAUUGGUGCUGGUCACGGUCAUACAGCUAACUACUUGGACCACGAUAAAGUCUCUAAAUACGUCGCUUUGGAACCCAACGUGUUGAUGCAUCCGCAAAUUCGCGCGACGGCAAAGGCAGCAGGAUUCGAAGAAGCUGAUGGCACGUUGGUCAUCUUAUCUUGUGGCGCGGAAGACACAGAAACCAUCCUCUCGACUGUCGGCGCAGUGGACACCAUUGUCUCCGUCCUGACUCUGUGCAGUAUACCCAGCCCGGAACUCACUAUUUCCACGCUAGUCAGAGACGUCCUUCAGCCCGGAGGAGUCCUCCUGUACUUCGAGCAUGUACGAAGCCCUCGUGAUGAUGUCGCGUGGUGGCAGAAGCUUUGGACUCCCUUGUGGCAGCUCGCUUUCGACGGCUGCAAACUCGAUCGCCCCACUCAUCUUUGGAUAGAAGGCGCGCUGAAUACUAAGGGGGAGAAGAUUUGGAAGGAGGGUCGGAGGUGGGGAGUCAAGGGCGAGCCGGAGGAACACCUCUGGUGGCACCAAGCAGGAAGAUAUGUGAAGGUAUCAUGA